AUGGUUACAAAUUCAGAAGAAUCAUCGCCUUCGAGUUAUGAGACAUAUGACAAAAAAAAAGCAAGAUCAUAUUCUUUAUCUAAUGAAAAGGUACACAGGAAACAUCAUCAUAAAACUGAACAUUCUCCCAAGCAGAGCGCUUCAAAAAAAUCACGCAGGAAAUCUAGAUCGAGAUCACCACUAGAUGUGUCACUUAAUGAACAUCACCAUCGAAAAUCAAGAUCUUCUAAUCAUGGUUCUGACAAUCAUUACAACAGAUCUAGAUCUUUGUCACCUCAUCAGCGUUCUGCAAAGAAUUUCAGUCAUUCUAGGUCAUCAUCUCCAACUGAGCAUUCAAGAAAAUAUCAAAGACUGUCCGAAUCUCCGUCACCUCACCAGAAAAAAUCUAAAAAACGAAAUUCAGAUUCACCAUCACUGCAAACCAAGCAUCGCAGGAAACACAGUAAAGGCCAGCAUCAUUCUUACAGCUCCUCUGAUAUUGAUAGUGAGGAACAAAUUAAAAAAAAACUUCCUCGAGAUCAUGAGUCAGAUAGAGUUAACAAAAAAAGCAGGUUUACCGAGGAGAAAUAUCACAAACAUGUUGAAAAUUAUAAUGCUAAUGGAUUAGAUGACAAAUAUGAAGGGAAACAAGGAAAUUUUACGAGACAUCAAAGAAACCGGACGAUGCAGGAUGAUUUUAUUGACAG